CAACCAGAGCCUACUCUGACGUAUACGCUUGAGUAGUGCAUUGUGCAUCUGGAACUUGUCGCCAUCACAUUUGGCUUUUGUGUCUAGCACUUUAACGCCACGUUAAUUGACUCAUUUAAAUGUCUGUGAGAUUUCCCAGUGUAACGUUACCAUGUUAUAUGUCGGUAAAUAUGUGUAGCAGCGUCGUAAUGUUGUAGCUGUGUCAUUUUCAGCCUUGUACAGGGAGACUAAUCUUGCGAGUAGCAAGGUUAACCCAAGGAGCGGGCGCUGGCUGCUUCCGAACGCUAACGCUAGUUAGCUUGUAACUCCGCUAAACAUUCGAAGUUAAGUACAAAUUUACGAUUUGUUGUGUCGCCCUGGUAGUGUUCUCUAGCUAAGGAAGCUAGCCGUAAGUUCGUUGGGGAACCCAGAAGAUCUUGCCCCUUUCUUUCUAGCUAACUAAGCUAGCUUGGGACCUGAGAAGAAAGUCUGUUAAACUGGAGCUGACACCGUCACAUUUCCUUUCUUUGACACGCUGCUCGGCGUGACCAGCCAACAUGUCUGAGGGCUCCGAGAACAAGCAGGCCCCGGACGUGGUCCAGGAAGGCAAGCCUGAGCCGAUGGCCGCUGCGGCCAGCCAAGGCGUGUCAUCGGUGUCACCACCCGUGUCGGUGGUGAACCAGCCGGCCGCCGCCGCCACGGAGGACGAAGAAGAGGAAAGCGAGGACGAGUCUGAGAUUUUGGAGGAGAGUCCGUGUGGACGUUGGCAGAAGCGCAGAGAGGAGGUGAAUCAACGAAACGUACCUGGCAUUGAUAACGCCUACUUGGCCAUGGACACUGAGGAGGGAGUUGAAGUUGUGUGGAAUGAAGUUAUGUUUUCAGAAAGGAAAAACUUCAAGUUACAAGAGGAAAAGGUCAAGGCGGUGUUUGACAAUUUGAUCCAGCUGGAGCAUUUGAACAUUGUCAAGUUCCACAAGUACUGGGCUGACGUCAAAGAGAACAGAGCCCGGGUCAUCUUCAUCACAGAGUACAUGUCGUCGGGAAGUCUCAAACAGUUUCUGAAAAAGACGAAAAAGAAUCACAAGACCAUGAAUGAAAAGGCUUGGAAGCGCUGGUGCACACAGAUUCUGUCUGCUCUCAGCUACUUGCAUUCCUGCGAACCGCCCAUCAUUCACGGCAACCUGACCUGCGACACCAUCUUCAUCCAGCACAACGGCCUCAUCAAGAUUGGCUCAGGUAGGAAGGAGACUUUGACCGUUGGGAAUGUAUUGCCCCGUUCAAACGACGGACCUCUUCUCUUUCUUUCAAUUGUUCUAGUGGCUCCAGACACUAUUAACAACCAUGUAAAAACGUGUCGGGAAGAGCAGAAGAGCCUUCACUUCUUUGCUCCAGAAUACGGCGCUGUCGCCAAUGUCACCACUGCAGUGGAUAUCUACUCCUUUGGAAUGUGCGCCUUAGAGAUGGCAGUGUUAGAGAUCCAAAGUAAUGGCGAUUCGUCCUACGUUUCCCAAGAAGCCAUAAACAGUGCCAUUCAGUCCCUAGAGGACCCCUUGCAACGGGAAUUCAUCCAGAAGUGUCUGCAGGUGGACCCGGACAAGCGUCCCACCGCCAGGGAGCUCCUGUUUCACCAGGCUUUGUUCGAGGUGCCCCUGCUCAAGCUGCUGGCCGCUCACUGCAUCGUCAGCCACCAGCAUAUGAUUCCAGAGAACGCGUUAGAGGAGAUGACAAAAAACAUGGACCCCAACCUGGUGAUUGUGGAGGGCAAGGAGGCCGUUCAGAUGAAGCUGUCGCAGUUUCCUGCCCUUGAGCUGGACAAGUUCCUGGAAGACGUUAGGAAUGGGAUCUAUCCCUUGACGGCGUUCGGCAUUCCGUGCCCGCAACAACCUCAGCAGGAGGCGGUGAAGUCGCCCAUCGUGCCGCCCUCUGUCAAAACGCCCACCCCAGAACCUGCAGAACUUGAGACCAGGAAGGUGCUUCAGAUGCAGUGCAACAUUGAGCCCGUGGAUGAAGGCGCCAAGCAUCAUCUGACUUUACUGCUCAAACUUGAGGACAAACUCAACCGACACUUGAGCUGCGAUCUUUUACCAAAUGAGAAUGUGCAAGAGUUGGCCGUGGAGCUUGUUCAGCUCGGCUUCAUCAGCGAGGGCGAUCAACCUCGUCUGGCGUGCGUUCUCGAAGAGGCCUUCUCUAAGUUCUACAGCCGCAACGGUUCCCUCAACCCUGUGACAGUCUCCUCGUAGCAGCGGAAGCCGCCUCGGCGGCCCGGCCCGGCCGCCGUCUCCUCCCUCCUCCUAUUUCACAGAGGAGGAAAGCCUUGCUCUGACUGCGACCCCUCGCUUCAGUCUUUCUAUAUUCUGGUGAGACGAAGCUACCACUCAGUGGUUCUCUCCCUCUCUCUCUCUUUCUCUCCUCCCCCCUUUUUUAUUUUAUUUUAUUCUUCCCUCCUAUUCAGUACAGCCAUCAAGGGUCGUUGCAAGAAGAAGGAAAGAAAAAAAAAAAAAAAACGUUUCGCGUUGGGGCUUGUUUCAUUAAUGUAAAAGUUAUAAAAGGUUUAACUGCGAAAAAGCAGUGUUUUUCCAUAAGUCAGUAUUAAAACUGUGUUUUUAACAUUUUUACUGUUAAAUAGUGAUCUACCCCCAUCCAGAUUGCUGAAACGUUGUCAAAGUCUCAGCCUCGGAUCAUAUUUAAACCCGACGGACUGCUUCCCUGUCGUACUUAAGCCAGUUGGAGAAAACGUGGAGUCGUAUUAGUCAAAAAAAUAUCCCAACAAUUUAUUUGUGCGUGACUGUAAUUCACUUACAGCGCUAUUGUUGCAGUUGCUUGUUCUGAAUGUAACCUUCUAUUCGCCCUUUUCUCAAAACUAUUAUUAAAAAAAAAAAAAAAAAAAUCCUAAACCCCCCCACACAUACCCCAAAUCUCUUGCCAAAUUAGAAAUCCCGAAUUCCGUCAAGUCCACAUGGGAAAACAGUUCUCAAGUGGCGCUCUUUGAAUUGACGCUGUUACUUUCUCGACAAGCUCAUGACUCGUUCUGAAGUCCGUGAAGGUGGCAUUCAUUUUACACAAGAGGCUGCUGCUGUUCCAUCAAUGUGAACAUUAUGAUCAUUUUAUUUUUUUACACUGCUCCGCUCUGUACGUGCUUAGCUAGUUGGCGAGAAUUAACGCGAGCGAGUUUUCCAUCAAGUCUGUGAACUAUUUCAAAUGUCUGUGGCUGCGAAUGGUCGGCGGGUGUCUUCGAAAGCGGCACAUUUUGCACUUUUCUCUCCACUCGUUUGUUACUUUUGAGGUGAAAACGUCCCGCAGCCUCCCAAAACAUCCAGAAUUGGCUAAAUAGGGGAAUAUUUCUGUUGCCUUUGCUGCGACUGUCUCACAGGGUGUGUACAGAUUUGCAGUGUUUUCUUGACACUCACUGCUAUUUCUGCUAGCUCUUGGUUUGCCCCCCCCCCCUUUUUUAUUUUUCACCCCCUGAAAAUUAAAAACAAACAUCACUAGUCAGCAAUUA